AUGGCCGACGAGGACUUUGAGAUCGACAUCUACGGCGACGCCGAGGACAAUGGGUCCAAGGCACAGGAUCAGGGCAACCAGGGAUACAGCAACAACUCGGCCAUCACCGUCGCCAACGGCUCCAACAACUCAACAUCUCAGUCCGAGCAACAUGGCUCGUAUGACCACGACACUGGAGACCAACAUGGCAUGGACGUGAACGAGGACAACACCAGUGCGCCUGUCCACCAGCAGGGUGUAAAGCGCAAAGAGGCACCAGAUGAUAGACCUGUUGACCCUGGUGCUACGAGCGCUCUUUUGGUUGGUGAUUUGCCAUGGUGGAGCACAGACGAUGAUAUUCGCGGGAUGGCCCGGCAAGCAGGCUGCGAGGCUGAGCUUAAAGACAUCACCUUCAGCGAGCACAAAGUGAAUGGCAAGAGCAAAGGUCAAGCCUAUGUGGAGUUUGUAUCGCAACAGGCCGCCACAGCAGUGAAGCAUGAGAUCGAGCAGGCUGGCGAGAACAACGCUACGAAAAAGCACACAGUCACAUACACGAACCCCAACAACAACCCGUACCGCACACUUCCCAAGGAUGGCCCAACGCGAGCGAACAAGGAUGUCGCUACCAGAGGUGGACCUAUGUCUGGUGGAUACAACGACCGUGGCGGCGGCAACUUCAACGGCGGAUUCCGUGGUCGAGGCGGAGGCGGCUUUGGCGGACCCCGUGGAGGCGGCGGCUUCAACCGCAACUUCGUCGGCAACAACAUGGCCGGAGGCGGCGGCGGAGGCGGCUUCAACAACGGCAUGGUCGGCGGCGGAUUCAAUAAUGGCAUGGGCGGUGGUGGCUUCAAUAUGGGCUUCAACAACCGCGGCGGCAACAUGAUGGGCGGCAACAUGCGCGGGGGCGGCAUGCGUGGUCGCGGCGGCAUGGGAGGCAUGAACGGCGGCAUGAAUGCCGGUAUGAUGGGUGGCAUGAUGGGUGGCAUGCCUGGAAUGGGCAUGCAGAUGGGCGGCAUGCCGGGCGGUAUGGGCAUGGGCUUCCAGCAGCCGCACUUCAACCCGACAUUCUUUGGCAACAACCAGCAGCAGUCGGACUGGCAAAACCCUCACGGUGCCAAGCGACCACGGCCGGAAUAG